AUGCCGCCCCCAGACUCGAAAACGAAGAUUCGCCCACAGCAGUCGUGUCUGAAAUGUCGCGAGCGCAAAGUCAAGUGCGACCGCUCAGUUCCAUGCCACGCGUGUAUCAUCCGCGGCCUCGAGGAUGAAUGCACGUACCUGACGACAGCCGAGGACCGCGCGCACAUUAGCCAGGCGGAGUUGAUCGAGCGGUUGCGUCGCGAGGUCGCGCAGCUGCGGGGCCAAUUGAGUCAGGGUCCUCGGCAGAGUCCGAGCUCAAGACCACGCUAUGCGCGCGCGCAUGCAGGAAACAGUCCUGGGUCUGGAUCUGGGUCCAGCAACGCGGGCGCGGGAGCUGGAGCUGGAUAUUCGGGCGGUGGGUCGGCGGACGGGAGUAGCUGGCCUGGGAGCUCGCCUUCGUCGACGACUAUGACUAUGACGAACUCGGUUACUGUUACGAGUCCCGAUAGUACGGGGAGUGACUACGGGGCGCAGAUGCAGGUGCAUCCGGUGCAGGGGCAGUUUGGGCCUGUGGAGAUGGAUGUUGCGACUGUCGGUGAGGCUGGAUUAGGGGGUGAGUUUGACGAACUAGAUUGCGCGGGGGAUUUUGCUGAUACGGUCUCAGACCCAUUGGAAUAUGCGACCAUACCGCAGUGUCAUGUAGGUAGCAUGGCUUUUGCGCCGAGUGAGAUCCCGGGUUCGAACUCGAUGCACGGCUUUCAGCAAUCCAUGCCUCCGGAUGUUGGUAUACCUCCGAUGGAGAUGUACGGGGGUGAUAGUCCUGGCUAUGCAAUCGAGGGCCCAAAUCAAAUACAGCCGUAUGUCGGCCACGAAUAUACGAAUUACACUGAGAACGGCACAAAUGAUCAACGAUCUCAUGCCUAUCAGCAAUGGGGCCACGAUACAGGACACCAGAAUCCACCAGUGCAUGUUUACCCCGAUUCUUCAUAUUAUACAUUAUCGUCUCUUGGCGCAUUUUCCCAUGAUCCCGCGCAUCUCCCUUUGACGCAGCCUCUCGCACAAGAUGCUCCACACAUGCCCGACGAAUCAUUCAGGGCAAUCCCUUUCGAAGCCAUCCCGGACUCCUGGUUAGGCGAAGGGAAACAAGCGCUAUUGGAGACUCUUCUUCGGACGAUCAGUAGCUGUGACGAGGAGCGCGUGGACCAGGUUGUGCAGGUUGUUCGGUCCAGUGCGACGCCCGAAGAAGCCGUCUCGGGAAUCUGUCAAGUGCUGGGAAUUGGCGCGCGAUGA